GCCUGCCUCCGUCACGCCUUCUAAUUGGCUGCCGUUGAGGUCUUCCAAUAUGGCAGCGCCCGGCUCUGCUCUGAAUUGCGAGGACUUCGCGGAGUUUCAGGAAUUGCUCAGGGUGAUGAGAACAAUUGAUGACAGAAUAGUCCAUGAAUUAAAUACUACAGUUCCAACAGCUUCUUUCGCAGGAAAAGUUGAUGCUAGGCAAACUUGUGAAGAACUUCAUCAUUCGUUGACAGAGGCUCAUGAAAGUAGGGAGAGAAUAAUCAAAAGCUGUAUUGCCCAAACUUCUAAUGUAGUAAAACUUCUGCAGGAAGAGAGGAAGAAAUCUCUGGAUGACAUAACAUUACUAAAACAACUCAGGAAAGAGCAGACAAAGUUGAAAUUAAUGCAGUCAGAGUUAAAUGUUGAAGAAGUGGUAAAUGACAGAAGCUGGAAGAUAUUUAAUGAACGCUGCAGAACUCACUAUAAGCCCCCAAAGACACAAUAAUGCAAAUGAGGGGGAAGAUUCCCCCAAAAGUGGUCUUCAAUCAUGCAGAUAAACUGGAAAAGAAACAUGGAAUAAAGUGCAUGGGACCUCUUGAAAAACGAUACCCACAGGAUCUAGUACAAUGAAUGAUUUUGCUGAUAAAGAUAAACCAACAGUUAAUUUGUACAAGACAUAUGAGAAGGAAAAAAAAAUUAAAAAUAUUCAGAUGGUG